GUAUCCCGGAGCAAAAUGCGAGAAUCGGCCGACCGGCCAUUUCGCGACCGAGGUCCCUCAAGCAGCCAUUUCCUCAAUAUCUCAACGUUGCCGUGCCUAUUCGUAGCUAUAGGUAGAUGCUAGAGAGUCUCUACGGGGGCUAAAAGAUGCUCUUCGCGCAAAAUGUCGGGGCAUGCAGCUGCAUUUCGCGAGCUCGGCGAGCGGACAGGCCGUGCCAGGGCCCAUAACAGCUAUUCAUAACAUACAUGUGUCAUGAAUAGGCACUUGGGACGGUUUGGGUCUUGGACGGUGCCGCGUGUAUGGGCACGUCCCAGGAAAGCAGGUCAGAUACGUGAAUGGUCAGCUACGAGGAAGUGGCUGCUGCUUUCAACGCUGCCGCGGAGCCGCUCGGCGUGGGCGGGGACAAGGUCGGCCUUUCGCGGGCCUUAUCGUCGCUGACCUUCUUGGCCGUCCUGGGCUUCCUGGCCUCAUUGCCGGCAAUCAUCAAGUUCGUGCGGCCUCUUUCACAAAGCAAGGACCGGAGCUAUGCGGUGGCGCUGGCGAUGAUUGGAGACGACCCUGGGGCACCACCACCAGCAACAGCGCCUGAGCUUCGGCGCUUCCUGGAACAGCGGCUGGGUCGGCGGCUACCCUUGGACCGGACCGUUUUUGAAUGGCUCCGGGGCGAUGCCAGCAACCACCGCGUGCUGCAUUUAGUGGAGGCGAACUCUGAGACGUACACCUUGUCGGCCACAAUGUUCAUGGCCCUAAGCCCCGGGCCUCCCAGCAAUUCCAAGAUAGCGCUUGCUAUAACUAUGGCUCCGCUCAUCGAUGCCAUAUUCCGCCAAUUGCAGGCCCUGACAGGACUGCUGCCUCACCGUUUGGGCUAUAACACCACGGACCCUUCAGGAGCCUCCUUGCGCCCAGAUUUCUGCCUCUGGGUGGACAACACGCUCGUGUUCAAGGGGGAGGUCCAGGCGAGCAGCAGCAACAUGAGAGUCGCUGUCCAGGAGCUUGGCACAAAAAUGGGAGAUGUGUGGUCGCCAAUUGCGUUCGGCAACCUUCCGUACCUGCCCUGCUACGCGGCUGCGGGUCAACAGCUUCAGUUCUUCGUCGUGCUCAAAGACCAGCCUCGUCACCCCGUCCCCAUCAGCAAACGGUUUGAUGUUGCCGUGAUGGCCGACCGUAUCGAGGUGGUGCACCACACGGUCAACCUCUUCCGCCUGCUGUGCUGGGGCUUGCGGCCGCUGCUGCCGCUGUACCCUGUGGCCGUUGGCGAUGUGCUCGAGCGCGGGGAUGGCACCACAAUCACGAUCCUCGCAGACCGGGUCGUCAAGAAGAUCAACAACUUCGCCAGCAACAACAAGGGCGUUGAGUUCGACGACCUGGCCAACGUGUACAGCGCGACCUGCCACGCUGAAGGGCUGAUCCACGCCGUGGAGGCGCCGACCCUGCGCAAGGGCACGUACAAGGUGGCCCUGGCCCCCCUGGGCAACACCUGCCGUCCCGGGAACGAGGGCGAGCUGCGGCAGGCGAUUCAGGCCGUACUGCGCGGCGUCGCCGCACUGCACAGGGCGGGCUACGUGCACCGAGACAUCCGCUGGGACAACGUGCUGUGCAUCGGCCAGGGCUCGUGGAUACUGUCCGACUUGGAGUCUGUGGCGCGGGCGCCAGCGCGGGCGGCCAGCAAGGGUGGCUUCCGCGCCGCCUGCUGGACCUCUGACACCCUGGACGAGUGCGGCAUGUACACGACUGCGUCGGACGUGCAGCUGGUGGGGCGACUGAUGGACACGUGCAGCAUCUUCGUGUUGGAUGCACAGGGUGAGGAGCUCAGGGCGCAGCUGACGGCGAGCGCGGCAUCCUCGCGCCCCUCAGCGGAGCAAGCGCUGCGCCAUCCCUGGUUCUUUGCCGGCGGGGCGCCCUAACUGCGGCGCCUGUGGGCAGUUGUUUCUCUGCGCCCAUUCGCGGUGUGCUACCGGCAGCGGCACGGCAGGCUACGUGGAGUCCAAGCGUGUGUGUAUGCGCGUGUCGGGUCCUCGCUUACAAAAUAGAGCGGAUUUAAUAGCUCUGUAGGGUAGCCCUCCUCCCUUGCGUGGAGACGAAGAUGCAGGACGCUUCUGACUGAUGGGUGGACGGCCCCUUGUUCGCUUGGGGUUGGUCUGGGGUUGCACCCCCUAGUGAUGGGCGCCCUUAUCUGUACAAGGGGCUUCCGUAUGACUGGGAGCGAGGCAGGCAACAAGUGAACCGAAGGAAUGGCCCAGGGCCUCUUAGAUGUCAGUGAGCCUGAAUCUGGGCCCCAGGGGCCCACUGAAGCCCGGCACAUCAGAGGGCAGGGCACGCAUGCGCACGGCGUUGUCAGGGUUGGCGUGCCCUGGCAGGGGCCCCAUCGUGUACGUUUCGUAAUCAUUCAGACCAAGCGAUGAAUCCCGUGUGCAAUCGAUGCCGCGUGCAAACUUCUUGUUACAGCGUGCGUGGCGCAUUGUGUCGCACGGUCUACCUUUUGGCCGUGCGUGCCUCAGGCAGCGUUUGCAUUGGGGCACUGGUGUGCUCAGUAGAUAUGCAAGGAAGCGGCCGAAGCUCUUGCCAUGCAGAAUCCUUGGCAACUACUGGUAUGAUAGUAUGAAUGCGACAUUAUAACAAGGGACAGUCCGACCAAGCAAGGGUGCCCAGCACCCAGGUCAGGAGGGAACCAUCUCCGGCCGGAACUUCUGGCAUGCAAGCACCAUCGCAGGGGAUGCCAAGGGAGUGAGGCUGUAGCAAGCGUUCCCCCAUGCCC